AUGCUGCUGCUAGUUCAGGCUGAGAACUCGAGCACCAGCCUAUGUGCCUCUGGCUGGGGUUCUGGAUCAGCACCAGACUCUGAUGGGAUCUCCUACCCCAUCAUCUCACAUUUAGGUCUUGCAGGAGAGCUUGCAUUCCUGCAGCUCAUCAACAAGCCCUGGCCAUGCUACCCCAGAGCUGGAAAAAGCUAUAUUUCCCAUCCAAAAACCAAAGGAGCCAGGCACGUCCUGACCCAUUUCUCUCCUCAGUUGUCUGGACAAAACAGCCGAGAGGAGGACCAGGAGAAGGCUUUUGAAUUAGCAAAUCCUCUUGCCAUUAAGGAGACCCUAAUCCACAUGGGAAUUAGAGGUAGACUCUUGGCCUGGAUAACUGACUAUUUCGACAACAGAGCAGCAAAUGUUAGAUUCCAAGGCCACCUAUCUCAGUACAUGCUAGCAGAAAAUGGAAUGCCACAGGGUGAGGUCCUCAUUCCUGCCCUUUUCAACACUCUCAUUCAGCAUACUCAGCAUACAUCUGCCAGAGGGAUGCCACACCCUCACGUCGAAAAAGGAGAUCCAAUACCUGCUGACUAUUUGCCAUGA